UCGGGCUUGACACUGGUGUACUUUCCAUUUGGUAGGGAGGAGUCAGUCGUUAGUUUGCCUUAAUAAAGUGACAUGUUUAUUGAAUAUUUAGGAAUAUUACAGUAGGCAUUGCACUAUGUAUCCAUAAUGUAGUCUGUGUAUGUCAUGGACCUUCAGCUAUCAAUCAGUAAGUAGAUAAUAUUCGAUAAAAGAUCGAAGGAAACACUGACGGAACAGGAAGGCGGAACAAGACCACAAGGGGAGUCCAGACAAAUACUAUAAAGACAAUCCAUAACAAAAGCUCUCCUGGUUGUUUACACAACCUUUUCACUGUUUCCAUUUCACCAGUAAAUAAUUCACCAGACGCAUCCAAACAAUCCGCCGCUACCACAUGCAACCAUGUCCCUGGCCCUGAAACAAGUUUUCAACAAAGACAGGACAUUCCGGCCCAAGCGCAAGUUUGAGCCCGGGACGCAGCGCUUCGAGCUGCACAAGAAGGCCCAGGCCUCUCUGAACGCCGGGCUGGACCUGAAGCAGGCUGUGCAGCUGCCCCAUGGGGAGGACCUCAACGACUGGGUGGCCGUCCACGUGGUCGACUUCUUCAACCGCAUCAACCUCAUCUACGGCACCAUCAGCGACUCCUGCACAGACCAGACCUGUCCCGUGAUGUCCGGCGGGCCCAAGUACGAAUACCGCUGGCAGGACGAGCACAAGUACAAGAGGCCCACUGCCCUGUCAGCUCCCAAGUACAUGAGCCUGCUGAUGGAUUGGAUUGAGGUACAAAUCAACAACGAGAACAUCUUCCCCACCAACGUCGGUACUCCAUUCCCUAAGACCUUCAUGCAGGUGGCUAAGAAGAUUUUGUCUCGUCUGUUCCGUGUGUUCGUCCACGUCUACAUCCAUCACUUUGACCGUGUCAGCCAGAUGGGCGCCGAGGCUCACGUCAACACCUGCUACAAGCAUUUCUAUUACUUUGUCACCGAGUUCAACCUCACUGACCACAAAGAGCUGGAGCCUCUGAAAGAGAUGACGUCUCGGAUGUGCCACUGAGGGAGCACCACUGACCAGCCGACACAUUCCCCUACUGAUGACCACAUCCGUCCAGCUAGAAGACUACAGCAGAGAACAAGAAAGAGAAAAAAAUUGAAAAGAGUCUUUAUUUUUAUAUUUAAGUACUGUAAUCUAUUUUAGGCACGUAGAUUUUAACCAGGAACCUUGUCCUGCAAGGCGCUCUACUCCUUAAAAGGUUUUUCAAGCAUUUUAUCAGAGCACAGUAUUAAGAGGUAUAUGUUUGUGUUGAUGUUUUCUUGUUUUCUAUUUUGUUUGGAUCUCAAUCAUUCCAGGAUUCUUCUGUCUCUAUCUAAAAUGACCUAAAAUUAAUAUGAUUUGUAACUGUACAUAUACAAGAUCUGGUUUGUUGUUACAUUAAAUCGAGUCUCUGUUAUUCUAAUCGAAA